ACUUAUUAUAAGAAUAAAUGUUGCAGUAAAAAAAUGUGUAAAUAGAUCUUUAUCCAAUAUUGAUGUUUUCAUCAACUAGCCUAGAAUGUGGAAAUUGCAACGAUUUAAGUUAUUAAACUAGACUAUUGUAAAUGCUCAUGUAUUUUUUAACUAAGCUACUUAAAUAGUAUUUUAAUUCCAGAGAUUUCUAUUGAUUAGAUUAGAAUUCAACAGAAGUUCGUUUAUAAUACUUUAUACUUUAUAAACAGAGAUCUAAACUUUAGAAGAAAUGGGAGAUUUUCUAGAAGGACUGCCAUCAUAUAAUGAAAGUAAUUUCACAAGGUUCCAUGCUGACUCCAGCCAUAGAUCAAAUAAACCAACGGUUUAUAUAUCUACGAAAGAUUAUCCAUCAGAACAAGUUAUAACUACAGAAAAGACCAACAUUUUAUUAAGAUAUUUACACCAGCAGUGGGAUAAAAAGCACGCUUCCCAAACAACCAGCAAGAAGAGAGACAGUCACAGAGCCAAUUUACCUGAAACAAGUGAUGGGAGCUCAUCCUCAAAAGUGGCCAGAGUCAAUUCAACAGACAGCAAUUAGAAUAAUUCAUUAGUCUUUGGUUAAUGUUUCGGCUCCCAAGUUUGAUCUAUUUUAGGUCAAUUAAAAAGCUUUGCCAAAUUGAAAACAAUUGCUUUAUUAUUCCUUUAAAAAUAUUGUAUAUACAAAAUUUAGUUAAUUCUUAAAAAUGCAUCAACUUCUGUUAAUUUUGUUUUUCAUAAUUGAGAAUAAUUGCUGGUAACUGAGUUAUAAAAUGUAUUUUUGGAUACAUUUUUGUUAGUAAGAGAAUUUUUUUUUGUCUUCAAGUGUGAGAUGAAAAAAAGGGAAUAUAUUAAAUAAAGAUGUAAAAAUUUGACAUCUCAUAAGAAUUUGUUUUAAGAAUAUUAGUUUGCAAAGUUAAGUUGAAUCUAAAUACCCCUAAAAAUUAUUAAGCAAUUAUGAAGUGUCAUAUUUCCAUCUUAGGAGCCUUUCAUUUUUGUUUGGACAGAAUGUGUUUCGUGGAUAUGUUUUCUGCAUGACUCAACUGAUUUAGUGAAAGAUUUUGCUUGAAUCUCCUGAUAUAAUUUCAGGUGUAAAUAGCUAUUGGUUGUAAUUUUCCUUUUAUUUGAUAUUUCAAUAUUAUGUCUGAUCGUAUAUUAUAUAUGUUAUUGCUUGAAAAACACAGUAAAUCUCUUAUUCUAUCACUGAAAUCUGAUAUUUUUACUUACAAAUCAGUUAAAAUGGUGGCAUUAGGCCAAGCAAAAUGAAACAGUAUUUGAUUUAAAGUUAAUUUGUCUUUGCUGUUUAAAAACCCAUCUCGUGUUUAUUUUUCAGAGUUAAAUAAACCAUCUGUGUUUUUUCUGUUUGAGUUUGCUAUUAGAAAGCAUUUUAAAAAAUGUUUUAAUAAAAGCAAUGUUGUAAAAAAAAGCAAAUCUUUUUGAAUAUGUGUUGGUGAAUUACUUGUUUUUUGCAGGCAUUUUUCAAAAAUUAAUUACAAUUUUUUUCUGGUGUUUUUAAAUGAUUAAUUCUUUUCAGUGAAUUUAAAAUAAAAAUUGAUUCAAAGUAAAAUAAUCUUUAAAAAUUUCUAAAUGGGCAAAUGUUGAGAGUUAACCUUGGAAAUUUUUCACCAUGCUGAGAUGUUCUAAUUUUUGUAAUGUGGUUUCUUUGACAACAUUAUUCAAACAUGUUCAGGCAUAAAUCAUUAUUAAAAAAACUUUUAAUGUCAUUAAUUAACAAAGAAAAUGGCCUCAGCCCAUAAUAUUAUAGUAUUAGAAAGAUGGGAGAAAAAAAAACCAACAUGGUCUAAAACAAUGGCAAGGAUUGACAAAAGUGAUGUUUUCCUUUGUAAUGCUAGCUACACGGCUGUAUUGCAUUUGUCUAGUUUAAAAAAUAAUAUGUAAAUAUAUGAACUGUAGCUCAAUUAAAAAAUAAUAAUUUCACAAACAUUUUGUAAAAAGUAAAUAAAAAAAAAGUGUAUGCUCCAUCUAAAACUUGUGGCUAAAUGAACUGGGCUCUAACAUUGACAAAGGAAUCCUAA